GCCCUCACCUUUUCACGUAAUAGCACCUUUGCGAGUUAGACACAUUUUCUGUGCUGGUUUGGAAAUCGCGGCUUCACAAGAGCGGAGCUCAACCUGAUUGUGAAAUAACAGGCUGAAAUACAAUUCUGUGUUUUCGUUUGUGAACACUUAUAUCUACUCAAAGAAACAGCCAGCAGGUAACAGUACGAGUCAUGUUGGGGACAGGUGAAAUAGGACAUUGGGUAUUGUUUUACCCAUGUGUUUUCAGUAUGACGUCUUUCUCCGCCUGCAACUAAAUUACGCCACGGCCUCAAUCCAUUCUCACCAGGAAAAAUCAGGAUAUGACAUAGAAGGCAUGUCUGUAUGCCUAUUGUAAAAACAGAACAGCGGGUCAGUGAUCACCCUUAGCGCACUGCCCUGUAGGUGAGCUGUGGGGGAUGUCGGACAAACCAUGGGGCUCCUCACACUGACUUUGUGCCUCACAUUGUACUCAUCACCGCUGCUAGCGGAAAGGCUGGAGACGAUGGAGUACAGUGACGAGAAUGCAAUCACCUGUGGCAAGGGUCUGACUGAUUGUAGGAUAAGGCAAGGCAAUACAUGCAUUUAUCAUGAUGACAGCAUGUGUGUGAGUGGCCUUGCUGUCCGCGGGCUGUUGUGCCAUGUGCGUAAAGAGCACUGGCGACCAUGUCUACGAAUUGACCUGAACAUCACAACUGAAGUCUUCCAUGAGGCCUCCGGUCUGCCCAGUGAGAGGGGAGCUGAACCCUGGACCAACACAGAAUGCGCCCAAGAGUCGCCAGCGGAGGCGACUGUCCAGGUGUGCUGCAGCACUCCGGACAUCUCUCGUCACAUAGAGCUCACCUUCACCACACCCACCUCAGAAGUCCAUGCAAGUCAGACAUGGAUCUCUUUUGUAAUAUUGCUGGGAGAAGCUGAUUUUGGCAGUACUGUCAUGGCCCUUUCUUCAGCCACUCUCAAACACAACUUCACCAAGCGUGUUCUGGUACCUUCCAUAGACACAGUUUGUUCCCAAUUUCAGGCCAUUGCACUGUGUAAUGUACCCAGUGUGUCAGCCGCGAUCAACCAGACCACAGGAAUGGCAGAGCUGCGCUUGGACUCGGAAGGCAGCAGCAAAUUCCGGGAACUGCAGGCAUGCCAGAAGAUGGAAGCGGAGGGAGAAUGUUUUAAACUCGAAUGGAAGGAGAAUGCACUGCUGAUUCCAGUGAGCUCUGUCGCCCCCUGUCUGUGCUUCCAGGUUUGGUGGACCAUGAACAGAUCCUCGAGUGGACUUAGAAAGGAUUUCUGUCCAUUUUUCAACAGCGCAGUUCUCUCUGUCUCUAACGUGUCAGUGUCUGUUAUGGAGGCGCCAACCACUGUUAAAGCAAGCACUACUGACAGGACAGCGCUUCACUGGAACAUCACUGCCCUCUGCAGGCUGGAUGUUGAACUGCGCCUGUGCAAGAAAGUGAGUGACACAGGCUGCCAUGAAAUGAAAGACUUGAUGAACACCAUGCUUCAUAUUCAUAACCGUCAGCAUCAAAACUGGAAGCUCUACAACCGACGCUGGCAGUUACUAGGAGAGUUUGUUGGAGUGGAGCGCCACCCCUCAAUAUGCGUACAGAUAAAGGUGAAGGGAAUGGAUGUACAUUUUGUCCCAGUCUGUCCUUUUGAAGUGACCAGGGCUCACUGGAGCGUGCCUCUACUGGUUUGUGUGGUGCUUAUUUGUCUCACUGUUCUGGCAGCCUAUGCAAUUCAGGGAAAACUCAAAGGUUGGGUACUGAGAUGGCUGAAAGUAGAUGACAUCAGCAGAGCAGUGGGAGCCAGUCAGGUGGUGCUGCUGUACCCUCCUGAUGUGGACAGAGGCCUGGCAGAGCUGGUGUGUGGCCUGGCCUCCUGCCUCUCCUCGCUGGGUUUCAACGUGUCCCUGGACAUGUGGAGCCGCUCAGAGCUCAGCGCCUUGGGCCCCGUGCCCUGGCUUCACUCGCGCCUCGACCGGGUGCAGCGGCAUGGAGGCAAGGUGGUCCUGGUUCUCAACCAGGCCGCCUGGGCGCGGGUGGAGGAGCGAGGCUGCCGUAGCGUGCACGAGGAGAGGGAGGAGCACAGGGGGGCCAAGGAAGCGAAUGCCAGGGGAGACGCCAGUCUCCCGGCACCACCCUGCUCGGACGUCUUCAGUGCAUCGCUCAGUUGCAUCCUUGCUGACUACCUCCAGGGCCGCGCCGGUGAGCGCUUCGUGCUGGCCCAGUUCGAAGCGCAGCCGGCCGGGCCGCCGCUCGGCGGCGGGCCCCUGCCGGAGCUCUUCCGUGGCCUGCCGCUCUUUAGCCUGCCCUCGCAGAGCCUGAGCUUCCUGACAGAGCUCACCCACGGAGCACAGAGAGUGCAAGCAGGCAACAUCAGCACGGUGAACAGGAGGGCAAGGGCAGGGAUGUUGAGAGUUGCGUCACGUGCUCUGGCCGGCACGCUGCGUGAACUAACCGGCGGUGCGGGGCACCGGCUGCCGGGACUUCCUCAGGAUUGCGUGGGCUUCGGCGCGGAGGACGCGUGGGAGAGAAUCCCAUUACAGCCAGGCCAGUCUUCUCCGCCAGACAAUCCUGACCUACCCAGUAACACCAACACUGCCAACUGGGUCUGAGCCUUAGUUAGCCCUCUCUCUGAAGUGGGCAGGGACCAGUGCAAAGCUGUAGAGAAUAUGGUGAGCUUUCAAUCUUUGAAGUAAAAAAAAAAAGCAUGCAAUGUCUUUGAAAGUUGAAAAUCAGGCAUCUAGCACAAACUCUCCAUGUCACAUGUAGCUCAGUUGUUAAGGUACUUGGCUUUGGUUAAAAGCAUCAGCCAAAUGCUGUAAAUGUAAAUAGCAUGUUUUCACAUUUUUGUUAAUGGAAUACAUCAAAGUGUAGUUGUGUGCCAAUUGCACAUAAUGAUUUUAAUGUAUUCUUGCUGAAUUGAUUUUGGGUGAAAAUACACUGAAUACAUAGACUGUAAACAUUUCUAGAAGGUGCUAAUACUGUGUUUUAAUGAGUGUUUCAAAAAUGUAGAAUUUUAAGUAAGUUGGUUAAACAUUACACAUUAAACAUAUAGCUGGCCUAGCAGGGGUCCAGUGCUAAAUGUUUAACUUGAGUGUUAAACUUAUAGGGACUAUAAUGGUUCAUGGAUGAGUGGAAUCACCCCCUGAGCUGAAGGAGGUGGUAGCAGGAUGGAGAGAGGGUGUUGUUGUAAAAGCACCUUCCAUCAAAUAUUUAUACAUCUUAUCUUGCUCUCGUCUAUUCAUCUGUGUUUAUGUGUAUGGGGUGGGCGUGUCUGAGAGUGAGAGAGAGAGAGAGAGAGAGAGAGAGAGAGAGAGAGAGAGAGAGAGAGAGAAUGCUUAAAUGACCACACCACUAGUACAUUUCUAACUCUAACACUAUAUCCUGAUCACUAUUAGGAGACAACAUUCAACACUGUUUUGCUAUUCAAGUGUGUAAAGAACAGACUUAGUUUAGAAAUAUAUCUCUUUUGCCUGCCAGAAUCAUGGGAGAAUACAAACAGGAAAUCUUGGACAUCUGUCUGUAUCUACCUGUCUGUUCUUAUACUGUUGUAUGUCACAUUGAAUUGUGUUUAGGGAUUGUAGCUUCUUCUUUUUUUUUUGUAAUGUGACAUUGUUUUUGAACUGAUGAACAGUGAAGUAUUUGUUUCUGUGAACGUUUGUAAAUGAUGUUGACAUUCCGCGUUUUGUAUUUGUUAUUUUAUUGUCCUAUUUACAUUAAAAUAAAUGUCAGAUU